AUGGCCGCACAGCAGGCAGUGCAUACCUGUGACUGCGCGUCCAUGCAGGCUGAGGAAGGAGAGAGACUGUCUGAGUUUCCAGAGGCGCACCGAGCUCGCCCCUCACUCCAGGGGCAAGGCUGGGCUAGGGACCAUUGGUUUCGGUUACAGAGUGUGGUAGACAGAAUUAAAGUGUUGCAAAAAGAAGCCAGAGUUAAGAGGGGGAAGGGAAAAGCUAUAUUCUGGUGUUUGACUGCUGCGGUGGAGGUGGAGGAAAGGAACCAGAGUUCUGGUCAGGCUGCGGCGGUGGUAGAUUCUCUGCAAGUGGUGAUAGAAAUGCUGCGGGAACAGUUGCAAGAAAGUAAACAGCUGCUGGAGGAGGAGGAGGAGGAGAGGUGUCAAAACGUAAUAUUGAAGGAGGAGUUAAGGAAUCAGCUCCUGAGGGAGGCAGACUCCUUAGCGGAAACAGAAGUAGCGCUCGCAGAGAAAGGGACACGAUCAAUCUAUCCCCAGGGUGACUUGAAGGGAGUAAAAGAGACCUCAGACAGCCCCCCACACAUGUACCCGUUGGUUAAAACGGAAUACGUAUAUGAAGACGAGGGUGAUAAUCGUCCCCAGGUUAUUACUAAAGUAAUCCCUUUCGAAGCAACUGAAUUGACAAGGCUGCAAAAAGAUUUUACGAGAACCGCAAGAGAAUCGGAGACGGAAUAUGUCUGGAGGGUGUCCCUGAAGUGGGCGAACGGGAUCUUGUUGUCAUAAAGGGAAGCGGAAGGGUACUGGGGCCCGGGUGUGUUCUUAACCACCGGAGAUCACCCAGCCCCAUGGUCGCUGACUCAGAGGGCUGCAUACUGGGCAGGGGGGUUGAACUUGCUGGAGAGGGGGGAUCCCCUGGCCAUAACAGGCAUGACAGAUCAGUUAUUGGAAAGCAUUCAGAAAGCGGCUUGCGUUCAGAUGAUGUGUGACUGGGAACUUAAGCCUAAUCUGAGCUCCCCAAUGCUGCUGCCGGCAGACCCCGAAAGAAAGACCCCCCUAAUAUGGGGACGUCCCAAUUCCCUGAAACCCAUAGGGAUCCAGCUGCAGGGGAGAAUUCAAAACACCCCCAGCAAGGAGAGAAUCGAGGCUGCCCUGGAGGGGGUGACCCCCGACCAUCAGCGGCCAGGGAGGAAAGUGUGGAUAUGGAGGGAGAUAGCCCAAGAGCUGGUUAACUAUGGGAGGAGAUACGGAUAUGUUAACCGGCCGUAUCAAAGGGCUGAAACCAGAGCCAUGCGAGCUGCAGAACGAGGGAGUAAACGGUCAUUUUCCUUUGGGAGGGGAUGGACUCCUGACCAAGAGGCUAGAACAGCUCGUGCAGAAAUGGUCAGGGUGAGAAACUGCUUUUGCCCCACCCUUGGUGAAUCUGGGGGAGGGAAAGAAAUACGGAAGAAGAUACUGAGAAACUAA